GGGCCACAUAUAUCGGACCAACGAGAUGAAAUAAAGGACAAUUUCCCUUUCUCGCUCGAUCCACUCUCCAGCUCAUCCUCGACGGCGACCACCAUGGAAGACUCGCCGUCCGACCCCAAUCGCCGCCACCCCACCGCCGCCGCCGACGACGACGACACGGCCACCACGCCCCUCCUCCUCCCAGGCCGGUGGCGGCGCCACCUCCGCCUCAAGACAGCCCUCUCCUCGGAGCUCUCCGGCGCGGUCGGGGACCUCGGGACCUACAUCCCGAUCGUGCUGGCCCUGACCCUGGUGUCCCACCUCGACCUCUCCGCCACCCUCAUCUUCACCGCCCUCUACAACGUCGCCACCGGCCUCCUCUUCGGCAUCCCCAUGCCCGUCCAGCCCAUGAAGUCCAUCGCCGCCGUCGCCGUCUCCGAGUCCCCCCACCUCUCCCCCUCCCAGAUCGCCGCCGCCGGCCUCUCCACCGCCGCCGUCCUCCUCUUCCUCGGCGCCACCGGCCUCAUGUCCCUCCUCUACCGCUACAUCCCCCUCCCCGUCGUCCGCGGCGUCCAGCUGUCCCAGGGCCUCGCCUUCGCCUUCUCCGCCAUCAAGUACAUCAGGUACGAGCAGGACUUCGUCACCUCCAAGUCCGGCCCGGCGAGGCCCUGGCUCGGCCUCGACGGCCUCAUCCUCGCGCUCGCCGCCGUCCUGUUUCUCGUGUUGUGUACUGGGUCCGGGGACGACGUUUCGACGGACGCUCGAGGUAUGGAUUGUAUGGAUGAAUGCGACGGCGAUGAUGGGGGCGAUGUUGAAUUGUCGCGAUCUAGGCGAAACAUCGACCGGAGAUUGAGGACGUUGUCCGCGAUUCCCUCGGCUCUGUUAGUGUUCUUGUUUGGACUGGUGUUGUGCUUUAUCCGCGACCCUUCCAUCUUUUCCAGCCUCAAAUUCGGCCCCUCGAAACUGCAAGUGUUGAGCAUAAGUUGGGACGACUGGAAGAGCGGGUUUUUACGCGCCGCGAUUCCGCAGAUCCCACUGUCGAUUCUCAAUUCGGUGAUCGCGGUGUGUAAACUGUCCGGUGAUUUGUUCCCAGAUAGGGAAUUGUCGGCUGCAUCGGUUUCGGUCAGCGUAGGGAUCAUGAAUUUCGUGGGGUGCUGGUUCGGCGCGAUGCCGGUGUGCCACGGAGCCGGGGGGCUUGCAGGGCAGUACCGGUUCGGGGGGAGGAGCGGUGCCUCGGUGGUGUUUCUGGGGAUCGGGAAGUUGGUGCUCGGGUUGUUGUUUGGGAAUUCAUUUGUGAGGAUAUUGAACCAAUUCCCAAUUGGGAUUCUCGGGGUGCUGUUGCUGUUUGCCGGGAUCGAACUGGCGAUGGCUUCGCGAGAUAUGAACACGAAGGAGGAGUCUUUUGUGAUGUUGGUGUGUGCUGCUGUGUCUUUGACAGGGUCAAGUGCUGCACUAGGAUUUGGGUGCGGGAUUCUGCUGUUCUUGUUGCUGAAGUUGAGGCGAAUGGAUUGUUUUUCGUCAAGGUUUCUGACAUCUGCGUCCAAAGAUUCCGGUGAUGGGAGGAAUGUCGCUCCUUGAGGCUGUAUAAUUGGGAUUGUAGCUGCUUGAGAAGUACAUUUCAAGCAGGCGCGGGUUCACAAAUCUCGUUAGCAAGUUCAUUAGGCAUGUUUAAUGCUGUACUAGCUAGCUGGUAUCUGUACUAGUAAUAUGUAUAUACCUCAUUCUGUAUUAAUGCAUAAAAUCCGCAUAUUGGAGCUUCGGUCCAAGAUGAAUCUUCAUCUGCCUUUCUUGUUAAUGACCUGGUUCUGGCGAUAGAUUGGUGAUCGGGAAAGAAUGGUCCACUGUCAA